AUGGCUUCCCGACCACGCCGCUCGGCGGCCAAGAAGGCUUCUGAAGCACUCGUUGACUGGGCCGACAGCGAACGAACCAGCAACAUGUCUACUCGCGCCCGCCGCUCAGAGGGCCGCACCUCGGGCGUCUCCCGUGGCCCCCCGUCAUCGCCCGGCAGCGAGCACCUCAACCUCACCGUCAAAGUGCCAUCCAACAAGCUGCGCGAGGCAACCAGCAGGGGAAGGAACUCGACGGGAAACAGCAUCUCCGUUGGAGGCAGCGAAAUUGUCGCUGGGAGGCGCAACCGUGGUCCCAAGAAGAGCUACGUUGUCGAAUCUGACAGCGACGAGGAGGAAGAGGAAGAGGACGAGGAAAUGGAUGAUCCCAACGACGAGGACGCAGAUGGUGACGACGACGACAUGGAUGUCGAUGCUGAGGGCGAGGAGGAUGCCGAAGGUGAUGUUGACAUGGACACACCUGCUGCUUCGACUAUCAAGAUUCAGCUGCCCAAAGCUGGCAAGGUCACGCCUAGGCGGCCGACAGCAGCGAGAGUUGUGCAGGAUGAUGACGACGACGAUGAGGACGAGUUGAGUGAGAUUGAAGUCAGCGAUCCUGAUAACACCAUGGAUAUGAGCAUCGAUGUUGGAGGCGCUGGCGACGAUGACGACGACGAGGAGGAAGAUGAAGAAGACGCCGAGGGUGAGGAAGAGGACGCAGAGGGUGAAGAGGAGGAUGCCGAAGGCGAGGAGGAAGAAAUCGAAGUCGCCGACGAGACUCGGGGUCCGGAUGCCGAGGGCGAGGACGACAGUGAUCUUGGCAGCCGCGAAGGAACACCUGACUUGUCAAAGAUGACGAGAAGACAGCGCGCUCGGUUUGAGGAUGAGCCUCAACAGUACAUGAAGCUUUCAGACGAGGUCCAAGCAAAGAAGGUCUUCACGGCAGAGGAGCUCUCCAUGAGAAGGGCGGAAAUGGCCCGUCGUCGUCGCAAUCUGUCUGAGAAGCGCAAUGAAGAAGUCAAGAUGGAAACCAUCAACAAGCUUCUGAAGAAGCAGGCUCCCAAGACCAAGGGCAAGGGCGGCGCUGCCGGCGACGAUUCGCCCAGCAACGAGCCCCAGAAGCCUGACGUUGCCUUCGUCCGUUGGGUCAAUUCGAAGAAGGGUAGCUUUGUCUCUGUACCCGAGGAGAUGCUCAGCGGCCCGGCAGGCAAGGUUUUUGUUCCGGGAGGACUCAAGUCAGGCAAGAUGGUUGAGGAAGUUGUCUAG